GUAACAUUUUAGAUGUAAAUAAUUAACCAGCUAGCUAAGUAAGCUGACAGAAGUUGACCAGGGCUACUCUCCAGAGGAGCCCCUCAGGGGCAGGAGAAAGAUGGAAGAUGGUGGGUUUCAGGAGCUUCAACGCUGGAUUGAGGACCAAAUCAUGGUCCAAGAAGCAAGGCCUGAAGUUAUGGGCAGCAACACUUGCAGAUCAUCAAGGGAUCCCGCACGACUGCAGCCGAGAAGUCCGAGGAAAGUUGCUUGGGUUGAUGACUACAGCGACUCUGAUGACAGUGCCACCGAUGCCUUCCCAACUGCUGAUAGGAGAAAGAAAACACAGCCUCUGACAGAUGACCAGAAGGGAAUCUCCAACUAUGUUAAGGAAGAGAUGGUUUCUGGGAGAUUGAGGCAACAGAAGAGGGUGUCGGAGAGAUGGCAAGACUAUGAGACACAGUGUCCUACAGAGGAAAGAGGUCAAGGAGUGAUAAGACAGAAGGGUAGAGAGAAGCAAUCAGACACAAGAAGACACAAACAUGAUGUAGAGGACACCACAGAGAUAGAGCAUCUACUGGGGUCCCAGCGUGAGGAAGAGGGAGGAACGCGUCAGUUCAAAGAGACGACUAGCAGCAGCUUGAAGGACACUGAGAAACUGUCACCUGAAGAACCCGAUCAGUCCGGAACACAAGAGAAGAGAAAGGUGAAGCAAUGGAGAAAGCAGGGGGGAAACAGUCCGUGGCAGAAGGAGUUGACACAAAUAAAAGACCUGGAGAGAGAUGAGAGAGACAGAGAGAGACUAAGCGAAGUGGAGAAAGAGGAACACCAGAGGGAAAAACGUUUCAAACGUCUGGAAAAGCAGGUGAUCCAAAGAAUGAGACAGAGGGAAAUGGAGCAACACAAGGAGAUGAGGAAACAGAAAAAGAGGCAGAGACACAUUGAGUCAAAAAGAGACAUGAAAACGUCUGGUGAGACAGAACGCCAAAGUCAGAGUCUGACCCAAUGGCAGGAAAAGGCAACGUGGUUAGACAACCAGCAGGAGGAGACAGAGAGACAGCUCAGGGGACGUGUGAAAGAAAUCAAUGCUGAGGGCAAUAGCAGGCAAAGACCUGAGGCAGAGCUAUACAAGGUGAGGAGGCAACGAGAAGAGACUGAUGGAGAUGAGGGAACUAAAGUAUCAGAUCUGAGAGAAGAGAGAUUGAGAGAAAAGAACCCAAAUUGGGUACGAAAGCAGGGACGCAGGGAGGAGAGAGAUACCUGUGGAUUGGAAGAGAUGAGAAAGAUGCUGAAUGAGUCAGAGCAAGAAGAGGACGGAUGUAGCGAAGUGGAGGACGACACAGAAGGUCGUCAACAAGAGGUGGAGAGCGAAACAGACUCUAUGGACAGUCUACAAAAGUACAGAAAGCUGAGGCUGCUAAGAGAGAAACGUAGUCUGAUGGAGUUUGACGAAGAGGUGGAAAUCAAGAGUCAACAGGAGGCCAAAAAACAAAAUCUCCCCGAAGAAAGUGAAACAGACUCACACAGCCAGGAGGGAGAACACACAGCCAGUCAGGCAGACAAUGAGACAGACAGCGAGACAGACAGUCAGACAGACAGGCAACAACAAGUGGACUGGGACAAACUUGAGAAUGACAUCCUCUCACUGACAGACCCAGAGAAGAGAAGCGAGUGCAGUGUGAGCUCUGGGGAGGAUGAAGUCCGUUUGGAGAGCAGCUCUCCGGCUCCUGAUAGAGAUAAGAGUGUGAGGAGAAGAGUUAUUGGGUGGGUCAAUGACAAAAUGAAAGAGCGAUAUCGAAGAAAGAUAGUCAGAACAAUGCACAGGGAACAGCAUGAGGGCCAAGAAACAUAUGUCUCAGUGCUUGCUCUGGGAGGGGCGCCGCUGGGGCUGGGCAGGACCUGCACGCGGGCUGAGCGAGAGCAGGAGAAACGCGUCCAGCUCCUCCGGGCGGAGGCCAGACGGCAGGACAUGGAGUCCAAGUGGCUCCAGUGGGAAGCGGAGCGGAGGAGAAAGAAGGAGGAGAGAAAGGCCAGAGAGAGGGAGGAGAAGCUCCGCGCCCAGCUGGCCUGGAUCCUGCAGCAGAACAGGAUAGCCGACAGGAACCUGGACCGCCACAACGGCCAACAGACGUACACCUGCGCCAGCACACCGCUGAAGGAACAGCUGAUUGGUUGGGAUGGGAGGACAGAGUGAAAUACAUGUACGCCUCAUCUAUACUCCCUAUGAAAAGCUUGUUGUGUUGAGCUUAAAAGUUUGAUUAUCAGUCCGGUCACGUUUCUAAGAGGCAUGAUUGCACCAUCUUUCAACUAAUAAAUGUUUAAUUGACAAA